AUGGGCGGCAUGGGCUCUGCCCUCUCGCUCGCCCGCCAAGGCUUCACCAACAUUACAGUGUGGGAGCAAGCGCUUUACCUCGAGGAAGUUGGUGCGGGAAUCAACGUGCCUCCCAACCUUGGCCGUAUCCUCUCACGCUGGGGCGUCAUGGAUAUUUGCAAGGCCGAGGGCGUGGCUAUCGAGCGUGCCAACGUGCUUGACUGCGAGACGGACGAAAUCAUCUCGUCGGCGGCGUACUCUGCACACAUGGUUGCCGACUAUGGCUACCCUUUCAUCCUCGAGACAAGUCCAGUGGGGCAUGUGACAAGUACCUCUCCUAACACCCAGACUGUCCACCGAGCCGCGCUCCAAAAGUCGCUCGUCCGCGGCGCCCUCGACACGGGCCACGUCAAGCUUAUGACCGACCAGAUUAUUACCGAGUACGACUUCGACAAGACGCGCCUGCUCGUUCGCAACGAGGACACAGACGAGGACGAGUGGGUCCAGGCAGACCUUCUGAUUUGUGCCGACGGCAUCAAGUCGAGGGCUCGAGCGGCCAUCUACAAACGGCUUGGUAUUGCUGACAGUGUCGAGGACACUGGCCAGGCCGCUUACCGCAUCAUGGUGCGCCGCAACCUUGCCAAGGACGACCCCGAGCUCCUCAAGCUGUUUUCCAGCAAACAGUCAUGGCGCUGGAUCGGCGAGAAGAGGCACGUCAUGGGCUACCCGAUCAACGCGGGAGAGCUGUUCAACAUUUCGACGUCGCAGCCCGACGAGCACUUUGGCGAAAAGGACUCGUGGACCGCCCUGGGCGACAAGAGUGCAAUGGUGGCCACGUUCCACGAUUUCCCAGAGCGCGUCAAGAAGCUGCUGAGUCUUGUGCCAGAGCAUGAGGUUCUCGAGUGGCGGUUGAGGGCCCACAAGCCUCUGCCCGUGUGGGUUGACCACAACGUCGCGCUCGUCGGCGACGCGUGCCACCCUACGCUUCCGCACAUUGCGCAGGGAGCAGCACAGGCGAUUGAGGACGCCGCUGCACUCGGCAUUGUCCUGUCGCGCAUCAAGUCUCGUAAUCAGAUUCAUUCGGCGUUGAUGGUGUACCAAAACAUUCGCAAGCCACGUACCGACUGGGCCGUGUCGAUGGCAGCACACAACUCGAUAUCGCUCCACCAGGAUAAGGCUACGCGUGAGGCGUCCCUUGCCAUGGCGCGUCUGGCCCUUGCCAACGAAGGAGGCGCAGAGGACGGCAGCGACAAGGAGGACGACCAGGUGUGCGUCGACAAGCUCGCGUCAAAGGAGCUCAGAGAUAAGCUCUUCCAGUACGACAUUGCACUCGAGACAGAGCAGAGGUUUGACAAGCUCUUCGCCGAGGAGCUCAUGAAGCAAAGGGAUUAA